AUGCUCCUCAAUGGAAGUGACAAGUCACAAGCUGGUGUUCACAGGGGCAAGGUGUCCCCUUUGCCAGUGAAGCAUUUUGACUUUUCUCAUGAUGAAAAUAUCAUCAAGGAGAAAAAGUUCACCUUGGAGAGAUCUGAAACUCUUGAUGCUCUAACCAGUGGAGCAGUAGAUACCAGCUGUAUAAAUCAAAAUGAUGUUUCUACCUCAAGUUCUAAAAGAAAUCCUGAAACAGGUAUUGUGGGCAAUGCCUUUGAUAAGGCUAAACGGGACUCCAGGAAAGUGCAUGAGAUUUUGAAAGGUGCAUUUGACGCAAUUGAAGAAGUCAAUUUGUUGAGGAAAGAAAGAUCAGAUCAAUCGCAUGCAAAAACUAAUGACGCUACUGCCACUCCAUCAAGUUCUAUGCCUUUAAAAAACCAUUUGCAGCUAACAAGUUGGCUUCCUUCUGAAAUUUGCAGCAUAUAUAUGAAGAAAGGAAUAUCAAGUCUUUAUCCUUGGCAGGUUGAUUGCCUUACGGUUGAUGGGGUGUUGGAAAGACGAAAUCUUGUCUAUUGUGCGUCUACGAGUGCUGGCAAAAGUUUUGUGGCUGAAAUCUUGAUGCUGAGGAGAGUUGUAUUGACUGGAAAGAUUGCAAUUCUUGUCCUUCCUUAUGUAUCCAUAUGUGUUGAAAAGGCCGAGCAUUUGGAGCUAGUACUUGAGCCUCUUGGAAAACAUGUUCGUAGCUUUUACGGUAACCAAGGGGGUGGGUCACUUCCUAAAGAUACCUCUGUGGCUGUAUGUACCAUAGAAAAGGCAAAUUCUUUGAUUAAUAAACUGCUAGAAGAAGGACGGCUCUCUGAAGUUGGCAUUAUUGUGAUAGAUGAACUUCACAUGGUUGGUGACCAGCAUAGAGGGUACCUCUUGGAGAUUAUGCUCACAAAGCUUCGCUAUGCUGCUGGAGAAGGAAACACUGAAUCAUCUAGUGAGAGAGUUCAGACAGUAGCAAUAAAAGCUGACCCAGCUCGUGGUUUGCAAAUUAUUGGAAUGAGCGCAACCAUGCCAAACGUAGCAGCUGUAGCUGAUUGGCUUCAGGCAGCACUUUACCAGACUGAUUUCCGACCUGUUCCUUUGGAGGAAUAUAUCAAAGUUGGCAAUACUAUUUUUGACAAAAAAUUGGAUGUUGUUAGGGUUUUACCAAAGACUUCUGAUUUUGGUGGUAAAGACCCAGACCAUAUUGUUGAACUAUGCAAUGAGGUUGUUCAAGAAGGUCAUUCAGUGCUUCUGUUCUGUUCUAGCAGGAAAGGAUGUGAAACCACGGCUAGACAUGUUUCCAAGUUUCUGAAAAAAUUUUCUGUUGCUACGCGAGAAGUUUGUGAAUUUAAUGACACAUCGUCUGCUAUUGAGGCCUUGAGGAAUUGUCCUGCAGGGUUGGACCCAGUGUUGGAGGAAACAAUACCUUCUGGUGUUGGCUACCAUCAUGCUGGCCUGACGGUUGAGGAAAGAGAGAUUGUUGAAACCUGUUACCGUAAAGGGCUGGUGCGUGUGCUGACAGCUACUUCAACUUUAGCUGCUGGAGUAAAUCUGCCAGCUAGGAGGGUGAUAUUUAGGCAACCAAGAGUUGGUCGAGAUUUUCUUGAUGGGACAAGAUAUAGACAGAUGGCUGGGUCGGGUGCAGGCGUAACUGGAAUAGACACCAAAGGAGAGAGUAUACUUGUUUGCAAGCCUGACGAGUUGAAAAAAGUCUCUGCUAUACUCAAUGACAGCUGCCCACCACUGCAGUCUUGCCUCUCUGAAGAUAAAAAUGGGAUGAUUCAUGCUAUAUUGGAGGUUGUUGCUGGUGUUAUUGUUCAAACAGCAAGCGAUAUUCAUCGAUAUGUUAGAUGCACUCUUCUUAAUUCUACAAAACCAUUCCAAGAUGUUGUGAAAUCUGCCCAGGAUUCCCUACGAUGGUUAUGUCAUAACAAAUUUCUUGAAUGGAAUGAAGAAACUAGGUUAUAUAGUACAACACCUCUUGGUCAGGCAGCUUUUGGCAGUUCUCUGAGCCCGGAAGAAUCACUUGUUGUGCUAGAGGAUCUUUUAAGAGCAAGGGAAGGUUUUGUUCUUGCAUCUGAUUUACAUCUAGUUUACUUGGUCACACCUAUCAAUGUUGAUAUUGAGCCAGAUUGGGAAUUAUAUUAUGAAAGAUUUAUGGAAUUAUCAGCUAUUGAUCAGUCGGUUGGCAAUCGGGUGGGAGUAGCAGAACCUUUUCUCAUGCGCAUGGCUCAUGGUGCUCCUGUUCCUGGUCAGAACUGGGUGAGAGGGAAAAAGAAUGGGCCUUACAGCAGACUGCAAAAACGAGAUGUGCCCAAUAACAAGAUCCUGCUUUCUAGUGAACAAACCCUUCGUGUGGCUAAACGCUUUUAUGUUGCUCUGAUGUUGUCAAGACUUGUACAGGAAGCUCCUGUUGCUGAUGUUUGUGAGGCCUUCAAAGUUGCUAGAGGCACUAUUCAGGGCUUACAAGAAAAUGCUGGCAGGUUUGCUUCAAUGGUAUCUCUCUUUUCUGGGAGACUUGGAUGGCAUGACCUCGAAGGUCUCGUUGCUAAGUUCCAAAAUCGAGUUUCAUUUGGUGUGAGAGCUGAGAUUGUGGAACUUACUAACAUUCCAUAUGUCAAGGGCUCACGAGCUAGAGCUCUUUAUAAAGCUGGUUUGCGGACUCCUCUUGCUAUUGCUGAAGCUUCGGUUCCUGACAUUGUUAAAGCACUUUUUGAGUAUUCUUCAUGGACAGAGGAAAAUUCAGCUCUCCGACGGGUGCAGCUGGGAGCUGCCAAAAAGAUUAAAAAAAUGCCGCGAGUGAAAGUUGUCCUUGAUCAAGCAGAGGAAGCUAGACUUGCUGCUUUCUCUACUUUCAAAUCACUUGGGAUUCAUAUGCCUCAAUUUUCUCGCCCUUUUCCUCCCAUUAAAGCUGAGGGACUCUUAAUGGGAAACAACUUGAACAACCAUACUGAUGAUGCCUGUCAGGUUAUUACAGGAAACCAUUUGAACAACCAUACUGAUGAUGCUUGUCAAGCAAUUAUGGGAAACAAUUUAAUUGAGCAUACUGCUAAGAUUGAUGCCAAGGAAGUGAGGUCAACCAGAGCAAUGGAUAAUGACCAUAAGAAUGCUAAUGCUCAGCUAGUCAGAGAGGACAUGUUGAGGGGUGUAAGUGUUCCCAGCUGUCAUAGAAGCAACCUUUCUGACAAAGGACCAAUUAGCAUGAGCAAUUUUCAAGGUGGAUUUGAUUUCUUUUUGGACAAAUGGGAUGCAGUGAAGGAGUUUUAUUUUGAUGUUCACUUCACCAAGCACCUGGAAUUGAGCUCUUGUGUCCAAUUUGAGGUUUUUGGACUUGCCAUUUGCUGGAAAAAUUCACCAGUGUAUUAUAUCAAUCUCACAAAGGAUUUGGUAGCUUCCGGAAAACAAAAUAAAUGCCUUACAGGGAGUUUAGCUGAUGAUGCAACCAAUGGUCUAGCAAUCAAUGAUAUGUGGGAGCUUGCUAGAUGUAGAUGGAACAAGAUAGCUAAGAUCAUGCAACAGAAUGGUGUGAGGAAAACUACAUGGAAUUUGAAAGUCCAGAUUCAGGUCCUCAAAAUUCCGAGCAUCUCUAUUCAGAGAUUCGGGAGGUUAUAUCAUGACCACAAAGACAUUGAUGGCAUUGAAGUGUUGUGUGGUUCAUAUUUAUUGCUGCCAUCAAUAUCAGUCUGUGAUGGAAUUGAUAUGUGCCUCAUAUCAUGGAUUCUUUGGCCUGAUGAAGAAAGCAAAUCCAAUCAAAGUCUCGAAAAGCUAGUAAAAAAACGAAUGUCUAGCGAGGCAGCAGCAGCCGCUAAUCGUGAUAGUAGAUGGAAAAAUCAGAUGCAUAAAGCUGCACAUAAUGGCUGUUGUCGGCGAGUUGCUCAAACAAGAGCUCUAGAUUCUGUUUUUGGAAACUGCUUGCUUCUGAAAAAUCUUGUGGAGGCACUUACCAAUAUUGAGACCCCUUUGGUUAAAGUCCUUGCAGAUAUGGAGCUUUGGGGCAUAGGCAUUGACAUGGAAGCUUGCCUUCAUGCUAGGCACAUCUUGGUUAGGAAGCUUAAGGAACUUGAAGCAGAAGCUUACAGUCUUGCUGGCAUCCGUUUCUCACUUAGCACAGCUGCAGACAUUGCAAAUGUACUUUACAGACACUUGAAAUUGCCACUACCUAAGGGUUGUAAUAUAGGGAAAACAACACCCUAUACGCGGAUAAAGCGUUCCUUGGAUCUGCUUAGGAAUCAACAUCCUAUUAUUUCAGUGAUUAAAGAGCACCGAACCUUGGCAAAACUUUUGAAUAGCACGCUGGGAUCAAUUUGUUCACGAGCUCGCUUGUGUAUGAAAUCCCAUAGGUAUACUAUACAGGGGCACUGGCUUCAAACAUCGACUGCUACUGGACGUCUUUCUAUGGAGGAACCAAAUCUUCAGUGUGUUGAACAUGUGGUCUUCUUUAGAAGUUAUCAAUCUGAUGAACACGAGAAAAUUCCUCCAGAGAUCAAUUGUGAUCAUAUUAAUGCUCGUGAUUUCUUUAUUCCCACUCAAGACAACUGGUUGCUGCUAUCUGCUGACUACUCUCAAAUUGAACUGAGACUGAUGGCUCAUUUUUCCCAAAGAUUCUUCACUGAGUCGAUGUUCUUAGUAAGCCAGAUGGAAUGUUUUUAUUAUAUGAUAGCAUCUAGGUGGACCAGUAAAAGGGAAUGCAUGGUUAGUUCUCAGGAGAGAGAUCAGGCAGAAAAGACUGGUGCUGGCAUCUUGUAUGGAUUGGGCGCUAACACUCUUGCAGAACAACUGGAAUGCAGCUCAGAAGAAGCUGCAGAAAAAAUUAAAAGCUUCAAGGUUUCUUUUCCUGGAGUGUCCUCUUGGCUUCAAGAAGUUGUUGCCUCUUGCCGCCACAAGGGGUAUGUGGAAACCUUGAAGGGAAGAAAAACGGUUUUUAGUCUAAAAAUAAAGACCGGAAAUAAUAAAGAGAGAGCAAAAGCACAAAGACAAGCUGUAAAUUCUUUGUGUCAGGGAUCUGCUGCUGACAUAAUCAAGAUUGCAAUGAUAAAUAUUCACUCUGUUAUUUCUGAAGGGAUAUGGAGGGCUCGUAAUCUGAUUAAUGGGAGCUUCAACCAACUUCCCCAUUUAAAAGGCAAUUGCCGAAUCAUUUUGCAGGUUCAUGAUGAGCUAGUGUUGGAAGUUGAUCCAAAAUUUAUAAAGGAGGCAGGAAAUUUGCUACAGAUGAGCAUGGAAAAUGCUGCGUCUCUUCUAGUUCCAUUGCGUGUAAAGUUGAAGUUCGGAAAAACAUGGGGUUCACUGCAGCCGUUUGUGCCUGAAACUUAAGAUAGUGCUCUUGCCAAUGUUUAUACCAGUUCACUAUUAUGGGAACACAACCACUAUUUCAUUUUCCAGGAAAAAAUAGAAAUGCUUGAUCCUCACCUAGUUCACUCGUGUCAUUUUCUUCUUUUCUGUGGAUCGGGAUUCAACGGCAACAAUUCGAGGUGAGGCACUUUUCCCACAGCAGCAGCAGGUUAGAUUCUUGGCUGGAGAUUGCCUAUGCUAUGGGUUUACUACGUAGAUACAAGAGUCACCCCUGCGUGGAACAUAGGAAAGCAGUUAUGAGAUAUCUUCAGAUUUGAUUGUAAAAUAACAGUUUGUGGAAUCAACAGUUAUGGAUGACAAACCUGGAUAGUUUGGGUGGAUGCUGCUUCACCAAGGCUAUUACACUCGAGGUAUUUCAUUGUAUAUUAUCUUUCCAUUGUCCACAAGCAAUAAGAGUUUCUCCACUACAUUGAUCCCACCGGCGUUGUUUAUGAUGCUGUAUUUUGCUGCAAUGUUCCGUUGGUUUCAGCCUAGUAUGGUGAAAACCUGAUACUUCCUGUAUAAACCCAGAAUGGAGGAUCUAGCAUCAAGAAGGCUGUAGUCAUGUUUCUAGCCCCGUACGAUGAAAGCCGGAUACUGAACUGUAUACCAAGGUGAAAGCAUUGAAUGGAUCCGGUUGGGAUGUGUUUUUAUCUGAACCUGUCCAUGUGCUUGGGAACUGAUUCAGCUUGAAAGAAUGCGAUGAACUCUUCAUGCUUAAGCUGAAAUUUUUCAGGUUCUUAACCAUGUGAUGGGUUUCAGCUCCAGUAUUAUAUUUUCCCAGUUUCUUUCAUGGUUGAUGUCCUCUACUGAGGUUCUCAAGCUUAUCAUGGUGUAUUGGUGAUUUUUGGAUGAAGUAAUGGUUGCUUUGGGCUCUUUCGAUAUUAUCAUUGCAAUCCACUGGAUAAGUCUAUUUUCUUCUAGAUGACAAUCAAAAUUGAGUGAGAGUACUCAUUGCCAACAUCCUUUCCUUCAUGGUGAUCGCUGGAGUUGAAGUUCAGCUUUUCAAGUGAUCAGAGCCCAUGACAAGAGGCCAUUUGUUCUGUUCCACACGAAAAGAGGUUCGUUAACAUCUUUAAGUAAAUAAUUUUCCUUUUUUGUGCUAUACCUGAAAUCUGAUCUUCUCGUCUGCUGGUUGGACAUUUACUCUUUAAAAAUACGAUUUUAAACCACUCAUGGUGGGUUUUAGAGGUUUAUGAUUUAUCAUAUAUAUUUGAUCAACCACAAUUAAGAUGACUCUGUUCUGUCAUGUAUAAAACUGGAAAAGUUGUUGAUCAACCUUCUCCAUGUCAAGAGUUAAUUUUAUUGCUAUUCUUUGUCA